GCUUUUCCUCCAGGCCUUUGACCCUUUGCCCCAUCGAUGGGGUUGUCCUUCCCCACACGCUUCCCGCUGCAUGUUUAUAAAAGGAUUCCACUUUUUGGUUUACUCGUACCUCACAAAGCCUCCCGAUCGACGUACUACAUCUCAUCUUUUCAUCGAUCUUCAAUCACAAUGGUCACAGCAACAAACUUGGGGUUCCCCCGCAUUGGUGCAAACCGUGAGCUGAAGAAGCUGGUCGAGAAUUAUUGGAAUGGAAAGCUUGAUGAAAAGGCACUGCUUACCGGUGCAAAGAACUUGCGCGCUGAGCACUGGAACAUCCAAAAGAAGGCUGGCGUACAGGAUGGUCACAUUCCUUCGAACGACUUCUCUUUCUACGACCAGGUCCUCGAUCAUUUGCACCUUUUCGGUGUCAUCCCACAAAAAUACCAGGGUCUGAAGUUCCCCCUCGAGGCCUACUUUGCUAUGGGCCGAGGACUUCAAAGGCCCGACGAAGGCAUCGACGUUCCUGCAAUGGAAAUGAAGAAGUGGUUCGAUACCAACUACCACUUUAUCGUACCCGAAUUCCAAGCAAACCAAGAAUUCACACUUCGCUCGCGCAAACCCAUUGACGAGUUUGUCGAAGCCAAGGCUCUCGGUAUCAAGACCCGCCCAGUUCUUCUUGGUCCAGUCUCCUUCCUUCGUCUUGGCAAAGCUGCCAAAGGUCAAUCGUUCGAUCCUAUUAGCCUUCUUGAUCGGUUACUUCCCGUGUACGAGAGCCUUCUUCGUGAAUUGGCCAACGCCGGGGCCGAGUGGGUCCAGAUUGACGAACCAAUCUUGACCUUUGACCUUCCCGCCGAGUUCAAGAACCACUACUCCAAAGCUUACACCAAACUAUCCGCCGUGUCUGGCAUCAAAAUUUUGGUCGCUAACUACUUUGGUCGUCUUGGCGAGAACCUCGACAUUGUUGCCAACCUGCCCAUCGCGGCUCUUCACGUCGACCUCGUUCGGGCUCCUGAGGAGCUCGAUGCCGUUCUCAAGAUAGCCCAAGACAAGAAUCUUGCCCUUUCCGUCGGAGUCAUCAACGGUCGUAACAUCUGGAAAGCGGAUCUGGACGCCGCGAUCGCCACCGUCCGUCGCGCUGUUGGCCUCCUUGGCUCUGACAAGGUCUUUGUCGCCCCAUCCUGCAGCAUGCUGCACACUCCUCACAGCCUCGAGGCAGAAACCAAAAUGGAUAAAACCAUUCUUGACUGGUUAUCAUUCGCCGUACAGAAGCUCAGCGAAAUCGCCAUUAUUACCAAGGCUGUAAAUCAAGGAGAAGACGCAGUCGCGGAUGCUCUCAGCGCCAACCGCAAAAGCAUGCAAGCUCGCCGUACGUCACCGCUGAUUCAUGACCCUCAGGUCCAGGCUGAGAUGAAGGCUGUCACUGAGGAGAUGUUCAAGCGCAAGUCUCCCUUUCCCCAGCGCGCAGCCGCACAGCAGGCCAAGCUUAACCUUCCCCCGUUUCCCACAACCACUGUUGGCUCCUUCCCUCAAACUAAGGAAGUCCGCGUCGCUCGUCAAAAGUUGAAGAAGGGCGAAUGGACCCCCGCCGAGUAUGAAGCCUUCAUCAAAGCAGAGACUGACAAGUGCAUCAGAUUCCAAGAACAAGUCGGCCUCGACGUCCUCGUUCAUGGCGAGUUUGAGCGUAAUGACAUGGUGGAGUAUUUUGGAGAGAAUCUCAAGGGUUACGUAUUUUCCCAAAACGGAUGGGUGCAGUCCUACGGCUCCCGGUGUGUCAAACCCCCAAUCAUCUACGGUGACGUCUCGCGUCCCAACCCAAUGACCGUUGAAUGGUCCAAGUACGCCCAAUCCAAGACCCAAAAAGCGAUGAAGGGUAUGCUCACUGGACCCGUGACCAUGCUCCAAUGGUCCUUUGUGCGCGAUGACCAACCGCGCCGGGACACUGCCUUCCAAUUGGCUUUGGCGAUUCGGAAAGAAGUACAAGACCUUGAGCGCGCUGGCAUCCCCGUCAUCCAGAUUGAUGAGCCUGCCAUCCGUGAAGGUCUUCCCCUUCGUCACUCUGACUGGCAGGAAUACCUCAACUGGGCUGCUCGUGCCUUCUUGCUCUCCUCCACUGGGGUUGAGGACACCACUCAGAUUCACACCCAUAUGUGCUACUCUGACUUUAACGACAUCUUCUCCACGAUCCAAGCUCUCGAUGCUGAUGCCAUUACUAUUGAGAACUCAAAAUCCGAUCUCAAGCUUCUUAAUGCAUUCGAGCGAUAUGGAUACACCAACGGCAUUGGGCCUGGUCUCUACGAUAUCCACUCCCCCCGUGUUCCAUCCGAAGAAGAGAUGCGGGAACGCUUGCAAGAGAUGCUAAAGUACCUGAAAAAAGAUUUGGUCUGGGUUAACCCCGACUGUGGUCUUAAAACGCGUGGGUGGCCCGAGACUGAGCGCGCGUUGAGCAACAUGUGUAGAGUCGCCGAGUCUUUCAGGAAGUCUGCAUAAUUUUUGUCAACGACGAAGGUGAUAGAUACGGUUCAUUGUAUAUAAAAUAUUUGCCAUAAUUAGUAUUUUUGCCCUGGUAUUCUUGCAUCUUGCUCCGAUAAUAUCCUGUGAACAAUACAUCACGUUCUGUUGGCAUGCUGCUGUCUGGGGAUAGAAUUUCGGCCUCUUUCCAG